AUGGCGGCGGCCGGGCGGGCAGGGCUGGCGGGGCUGUUCGCCGUGUACAAGCCGGCGGGGGUGGCGUGGGGCCGCGUCCGUGACGCGGUGGAGACACGGCUGCUGCGCGAGCUGAACGCGGCUCCGGGACGCGCCCCGCGGCAGCGAGUCCGCUUCCUACCGGCCCCAGCCCCGGGCGGCGGCGGGGCCGUGGAGCUGGUGGCUGCCAGGGUGCCGGUGCUGGCCGACCACCCCCUGGUCCGAGGCCCGCGGUUCAGGAAGCUGAAGAUCGGAGCAGGUCACCGGCUGGAUGUGAAGGCCUCGGGGGUGUUCGUGCUUGGCAUUGGCCAUGGGAACAAGCUGCUCACUGACCUGUAUAACUGCCACCUGACCAAGGUUUAUAUUGUUGGCGGGCUUUUUGGUAAAGCCACUGAUGACUUCUCAGACACAGGGAAUUUAGUAGAAAAGACAACAUUUGAUCAUAUCACAAGGGAGAAGCUGGAGCGGAUUCUCGCUGUCAUUCAAGGGACAAAUCAAAAGGCCCUGCUGAUGUAUUCUAAUAUUGAUAUGAAAACACAAGAGGCAUAUGAGCUGGCUGUCAAAGGGUUGAUUCGCCCCAUGGCAAAAAGCCCCCCAAUAAUCACAGCAGUCCGAUGCCUCCAGUUUGCACUUCCAGAAUUCCAGCUAGAAAUCCAUUGCUUGCAUGAGACUCAGCAGUACCUCCGGAAGAUGGUUCAUGAGAUUGGUCUGGAGCUGAAAUCAUCUGCUGUGUGCACACAAGUGCGGAGAAUACGUGACGGGGUUUUCACAGUGGACGACGCUCUCCCGAGAACUCAGUGGGACCUGCAGAGCAUCCAGGAGGCAAUUCGGAACUGUCAGCUCAAAGUGGAAACGGAGCUGGAGGAAACACUGGGACAUGGGGAGAACAGUCCUCUUCAUCAGCUGGAUGGGGACACAGCUGAGCGUGCUCUGCAGGAGCAUCCGUGAGCAAUCCCUGCAGCACAGCACGGCAGGGAUGUGCCAGCAGUGUGAUGGGCAGCGGAAGGAAAGAGGUUAAUUGCAGUUCACUUCCACCCUUUCCUUGAGAUGACUUUU